CACCUUCAUCUCCACUCUCACUUCCACACACGCUUUUUCUCUCUAAAACUCAUCAUUUUUCUCUCUGAAUUGUUUCAGUUUAGAUAUCUCUCUCUAAAUUCUAUAUAUAAAGUACAUACGUGUACUGAUCAUUUAAUGGAGGCACCCGAAUUCUUCAUUGGUGGAUAUUACAGCGGUGGAGCAGCUUCUACGGCGGCAGAGUUCUUGCCGGAGAAGAGAAUGUCUGAUCAGAAAAAUGGAGACCAUUUUGCAGUUGAUGACCUUCUUGAUUUUCCAAAUGAUGAUGAUGCUGCAGCUGCUGCUUUAAUGAACGAUGGUUUCUUUGAUAAUAUCACUUCUAAAAACUGCACUACUACCACUGAUAAUUCUUCCACCACCUUCACCUCCAAUGACAGCUCCAAUUCUUCCAUUUCCGGCAAGCAUUUCGGUUACCAAAGCUUCGCCGACUCUUACUUCUCUAGCGAGCUCUGCGUCCCGUAUGAUGACUUGGCAGAGCUAGAAUGGCUAUCAAAUUUUGUGGAAGACUCGUUCUCAACCGAACAAAACCUCCAAGUUAACAAUUUCCAUAUUCUCUCCGGGUCGAAACCACCCACACCCGCGUCCUCCUCAUCCGAAUCUCACCCGGAACCAUCAUCAGCCCGUAACCCUAACAACCCGAUGUUUCAGCCAGAAACACCACUACCCGGUAAAGCCCGCUCGAAGCGCUCUCGAGCUGCCCCUUGUGAUUGGUCCACGCGUCUUCUUCAUCUCUCGUCGCCUACUACUAAAGUAUCUUCCAAAAAGCAAGGGAAUGUUGAUAUGAAUUCUGGUAUGGAUGCUCCGGUUAGGAAAUGUCUGCAUUGUGCAGCGGAGAAAACUCCUCAAUGGCGGACUGGGCCAAUGGGCCCCAAAACCUUAUGCAACGCUUGCGGAGUUCGGUACAAGUCGGGUCGUUUGGUAGCUGAAUAUCGACCAGCAGCAAGUCCAACUUUUGUGUCUGCAAAGCAUUCGAAUUCGCAUAGGAAAGUUUUGGAGCUUAGGAGGCAGAAGGAAUUGCAAAGAGCACAGCAGGAACAGUAUCUACAUCAAAGUUCAAUUUUCGGAGUAACCAACGGUGGUGAUGAUUUCUUGAUCCAUCAUCAUAGUGGACCCAAUUUUAGGCAUAUGAUUUAGUGGUCUCACUGUAGAAUUAGUCUUUAAUUUUGUUUCCUCAAAAAUCUGAAUUCGUAGUUUUCCUUUCUUUUUUUUUUUUUAUUUAAUUUUUUUGUCUAAAAGAAAUAGAAUUAAGGGGGGAAAAAAAGAUGAGCAUGAGAAAAAGGAGAUAUAUUCAUUUGUAGACUCCACAAUGACACUUUUUUUUGUUGCCAAAAUUGGCAAGAAAAAGAAAUUUAAAAUGAUUUUAUUUCUCA